AUGGCCGCCUACCCCUCCCUCCCGACAGCGUACCUCCAUCCACCGACGACGUCGAGGGCGGACUCGGCCAGCAGUGUCGAGCCCCUCACCCCGCCCAGCGCAACUUCGGCAGCAACUACCCGCUCCCCUGUUACACCUGGUUCGGGUGCCGAGGUUGAACGCGAUGAACUCGACGCAGACCAGCAGGGCCAGGAGCCUGGCAUUGUGUGCAAGUGGAAGGACUGCUCGUACUCUGCUCCGGGACCCGAGGAGCUGUACACUCACCUGUGCGAGUCGCACAUUGGUCGCAAGAGCACCAACAACCUGUGUCUCACCUGUGGCUGGGAAGGUUGCGGUGUCAAGUGUGUCAAGCGUGACCACAUUACGUCCCACCUGCGAGUCCACACGCCGCUCAAACCCCACCCGUGCUCCGUCUGUGGCAAGACGUUCAAGCGUCCACAAGACCUCAAGAAGCACGAACGUAUCCACACCCAGGAGCACCACCAGCUCCACAAACUGAGCAAGGCAUCCACCUCCACCGACCCCGAGUUCAACUCGCGCUACCCCACUCGCGAUGACCACCUCGCCGCCCCCAACCGCUCGCCGCAGUACUCGCUGUCGCCCGGGUCAUCGCCCCACCACCCCACGUCGCCUUUCGACAAUGCCCAUCUCCUCGGCCUCCCGGGUACCCACACCAGCUCGACCAGCCCCGUUGCCCUCGCUGCCCUCCACAAGAAGCAGCACGAGGAGCUAGUCGCCCACCAGCAGCGCGAGCUUUUUGCUCUUCAGCAGCUCGCCUACCAGCAGCAGCAGUCGAGCGCGUAUGCUGCCCAGUUGGCCAACGAGGCUCUUGGCGCCAAGGGUAUGAAGCGUGGCAACGAGGAUGCCUUUGACUCGUUUGUCGAGGACAUGAAGAAGCGCAAGAUGGAGCCCGUGUACGACAUUGACAUGAUCUCGCGUCUCAACGCCCUCAUCCCUCCUGGUCUCACCCAGGGCAUCCCCCCUCUUCCGUCCUUGCCCACCGGGGGCUACCCCAACCAGAUGUCGGCCUUUUCGUACCCGUCCCUCCCCAACAUCCACCUGCAGACCCCUUCCGGUGUUCCUCCCAUGCCUAUCCCGGACAUUCGCACCGAGGCCGACCUUGCUCUCUUCAACCAGUUCAUGGUUAGCCUUGGUCGCGAGGCUACUGCCCUCCCUAUGGAAUCCUCACUGUCGUCCAACACUUCGACUUCGGCUUCGCGCAACUCGCUUUCUCCUCUUUCGGAGAAUUCGCCCAUCGAGGACCUCUUCAACCCAUCCGAGCUUGCGUCGCUGGGUCUUGCCGGCAUGCCUGGCAUCCCCACCACAAACUCAUCGCCCAGCAUCGCUGCUUCUAUGCCUCCUGGUGGUUCUGGUGUUUCUCUCGGCUCGCUCUACCCCUCGCUUGAUGGUCUAGACAACGGCCGUCCUCGCGCUGCCUCUGUUUCCGAAUCGCACGAGCCAAUGCGCCGUCCCAUCGCUGGUCUCCCUCGCACUGGUUCCACCUCUGGCCCUGCUGCUCGCCCGCAGGCGUAUGGCAACGGCUACGGCCAGUACCCCCCGCUUCCCAACGACUGGGCCACCCAGCCAUCGGAGCAGAACUAUGCGUCGUUUGACUCGCUUGGCCGCUCGCGCCCCAGCGUUCCGUCGGCCACUCUUGCGUCCCGUGACUUUUACAAGCGCACCUACCGCCACAUUGCGCCACUUGGUGCCGCUCCCAAAGCUCGUGAGAGCGCCGAGCGUACCGGUGCCGAUGAGGAGGACGAGGAAGAGGACAGCGACUCGGCGGAUGAGCAGCCCAGGAUACCCGUUCACGCUCUCCUUGCCGAUGGUGACCCCAGCCUUAAGCUCCCCGCCAUUGGCUCCAUUGGCAAUGGGGACGGCAAGUCUACUAUUCUCCCGCCUCUCCGUCUCGCAGCCGCGCCGGUUGGCAGUGGUCGUCGUACCGUUUCGCCUGCCCGCCACCCCCCUGUCAAGCGUCACACCGACGAGCAGCUUAUCCACGGUGUCAAGCGCCUCGAGCUGGACGACCGCCGCCGUGGAGAGUCGCCUGCCACGUCGGUUGAUGGUACCGUCAGCUCGGCCUCGUCGCGUCCGUCGACUGCCACUCCCCGUAGCCAGCCUGGUGCACGCGACCAGACUGCCGACGUCCGCCGUCGUCACGCGGCCCUCAUCCGCGCCUGGCUCGUUGCCGUGAACCUGGAGUUUAAGCGCCAGCAGCUGGCGAGCAAGGAGAAGAGCGAGUGGGCUUCGAACAGUCCCAGUGGUCGUCUGGGCGUGGCCGAGAUUGCUGCUUAA